GUAAAUAAUUGCACACAAUUAAUAAACAUUAUGGUAAUUUUUGACAUUAUUCACAAUAUCACUGCAAUUACAUUCAAAAUCUAUUGAUAGACUGCAUAUUAAAAUGCACGAUGUACUUAUCAAGCUUCACGUCAGAAAAAGUACUUUGACAUUUUUUGCCAGUGAUUAAAAUUCAACCAUGAAUUUCACUCCUCGCGCUCUCUAAAUCCAUCCUGUUUUAUAUAUUGAUUUUCUACCAAAAGUUUUCACAAAGUGUUUUCCCUCCCGAAUUUGUGGUUUGUGAUUUGAAUUUAAAAAAGCCUUCCCAUCGAGAUGAAUUUUUUUCUCCUUCUCAUCCCCAUUUAAAUCAAAAGUGAGCGACAAAACUGUGCAGAAGAGCAACGAUAGUCAACAGAUUGUUAAGAAAACGUGAAGAAAAGGUGAAGCCGUUUGAAAGAGUUUCGAGGCAAUUUUCGAGGAUUUAUUUCGCAAGAGUCACAGACUCAGCGGCAGUCACACCUCUCCAAAUGAUAAUCCCUCUGGUACACGUGUGCCAACAUCCGAAGACAUGAACUGUGGCAUGUUCUGUGAUUCGGGCAAAAGUGUGCGGAGUGUAAUUUCGGUGAGCGAGAGUAGUUAAGACUAAGAUGUAUUGCACAUGCGACCGUGGUCUCAGUAGUUAUCUCCAGCACCAUCCGUACUCCACACUUCCGCGCAACCCCUUCGUGGCGGCCGGACGCGCCCCGCGCCGCCCGCCACUCCUCACCUCGUCGCUCUCAGGCGCCAGGUCAUGCGUGAACUUGCCCACCGACUGCCAACACACCACAGAGCGCCCCUUCUACUCCUCCUCCACCGGAAUAUGCGAUCUCCACGCCGGCCAUGUGAUCCCGUGACGUUACAGCUGCUCGUGUAGAUCGCUCCAGCCCCACCACUGCCCGCAGCCCUUCUGGGCCCUGCCCCAGGUCGCCUGCCACCAGGCUCACUGCCCCGCGACUCACUCCCAAGCGCCCGGGCAGCAGCAGCCGGAGAUGCUGGGCGUCUCCGCCGGUUGUGUGUCACCUGCUAUGUCCACAUCUCCGCCACCGGCGCCUCCACCACCAGCGGCCAGGCCGCAUCCUUUCAGCAUCAACGGUUGCUCCCGCUGUCGUUUCGCCACCAUCGCGACUCCUACGCACAGCAGACGCGCCAACUCUGCGUCCCAUCACGGCGACAUGUCGCGCCACGGAAGCUACGGAACCCAGGCCAACUCCUACACAGGCUACGAUCCUCGAAGCCGGCUGCAAGAGGAGGAGGAUUCCGCCUGUCCGGCACUUCUGGAGCGAGAAUUUCACUCACUCCACAGAAAUGUGCCAGCUCUCAGGCGUGCCGGCGUUGAUACUAAUGCAAUACGACAGCACUUCUACCCCGACGGCGGCUGGGGCUGGAUUGUGUGCGGCGUCUCCUUCCUAGCCCACGUCCUCACCACAGGCUUCCAGCUCUCUUACGGGCUGCUGCAGCUGUACGCUAUUCCCCAUUUGGGUCAUGAAAUGGCAACGGAAACAGGUUGGCUCGGAGCUGCCAGUUGGUCCGUUUCCAUGCUGUCGGCCACCAUCGUCGUGGCGCUCUGUCGCCGGAAAUCCACACGCUUGACAGCUGUCCUGGGAGGACUCGUCCUCGCCCUGGGCAUCCUCUUCACCUCCUUUGCGACCCAACUCCACCAGGCCGCCUUCAGUUACGGAAUUGUCGUCGGUGUUGGAGCCUCGAUGGUGAGAGAGUCUGCAGCCGUGAUGCUGGGCCUGUACUUCAAGCGACGCAGGCAAUUUGUAGAAAUGGUUACGUUAUCAGGCGAGGGAAUAGGAGUGGCGUUGUUUUCGGUGAUCCUGAAGGAGGGAGUUGGAAAGAUGGGAUGGCGCUUGGGCCUUCAGGCCGUGACAGGAUUUGUGGCGCUCAGCUUCUUCAUGGGCCUCCUCUAUCGACCCGCAUCGCUGUACCAUCCGCAGCGCAGGGCCAUUCUCCAUUUGAAAAAUCAGAGGAAGAAGGUUAAAGAGAAGAAAACACACGUUCGCACACCCAAGCCGCCCUUCCUCGACUUCACUCCAUGCAAAUCAUCCACCGUCCGGAUUCUGAUAGUUUCAGCAUCCGUUGCCGCGCUCGGAAUUUACACACCCAUCUUCUACAUGUCCCUUCAUGGCUACCAGGAGAGUUACGAUAUGCAGGAUUUGGUGCUGGUGCAGACCUUCUUGGGCCUCUCCGUUGCCGUGGGAGUCGUGGCGAGUGGAUCGGCCAUUAAUCGCGUUUGUCAGCUGUCGUACAGGAAAUUCAGCAUAUCUCGUCAAUACGUCUGUCAGGGAUGUCUAACACUCGCUGCCAUUUCGAUAUUGAUCCUGUCUGCGGCGUCCGGCUACAGGAGUUUGUGCCUGUUGGCCUGGACAUAUGGCCUGGGUCUGGGUGGCUACCGAUACACCCUUAAGAUGCUGGCACUGGAGCGGGUGAGGGCGAAGCACUUCACCAAGUCAUGGAGCUUCAUCAAGAGCGCCGAGUCUCUGCCUGUCCUCCUCGGCGUCCCGAUGGCUGCCUUUCUCAAUGAUGCGAGCCACAGAUAUGGCCGUGCUGGCUACUACAUUUGCUCCGCCGCAACAGCCAUCGCGUCAAUCCUGCUCUUCUUCGUCGGCUAUCCAGAUGGCAGACAGAACUUCUCUAAAUACUCCGCUAAUGGCUCCAUCACCUCCCACUGCACCGGGCCCGUGUCGUCCACGGAGUGCCCGGACCUGCUGAACCGGAGCUGCUCAUCUCGCUUCGGGGCGCCGUGGUACCACAGCCCGUACACAACUUUGACGAACGGCGCCUGUCCCAGCGGACACCACCAAUUUCAUCGACAUCAUCGCUACGGCAACGGCGUGUGUCCCAACGGGACCAUUAGCUCAAACCACGGACGGUUGCACAAAAGCCUCUCGUUUGCCUUCCAAUCCCCGCAUCACAUGUGGGGUGAUUACCCCCAGCAACCACACUCCUGUCAUCAGGCGCACAACUUCACCGAUGGAUGCUAUUCAAGGUGUGAUGCCCACAGGUCCCAGUGCAAUGCGAAUAGCUUCCAGGGCCACCCGUCGAGGAGCCGCUCUGUUCCCGAGGGCUUGGCAUUCGCAUCGCGCGGCUGCGACUGCCACUGGGCCACGGGCCGGUGUGCGUGGCCGUCAACAGGUAAUUGCUAUUCCGGCAGUGGACAACCCCUGCAAGUCGUUGAGCAAAUCACCACGUCAGUGUGACCGAUGCUCGGGUAAAACCACAAAGCAAAUGUGUUCGCUCAUCUCGUAUCGCAAUGCAUUUAAAAUUAACGUAAAUUGUGUCAUUUUGAGGGAAUUAUGUCAACGUAUAAGGUAGAUAAUAAAUCCAAGAUCACUUUUCAAUACGGCGAGAAGGAGACCCUGCAAUACAUCCACCAAUUGUGCAUGUGUUGAGGAGUAAUUGAGCAAAUCAACCCCACAUCAUCAUGAUUAACUUUCGAACUUCACCUCCUGUAUUCUUCACAAUCGAAUGAACUACCCUGAUUAAAUUGCCACUAUCACUCGAUCCAGAAGCAAUCAGCUCAAGCACUAAUCAACAGAUGCCCUCCACUCGCAGUGUGUGCAAUCUUGCAAAACGAAAGUUCUUCACUUUGGAAUUGAUUAAUAAUAAGAGCUCUAUUUAUUAAAUUGCAUAGGAUUAUACAAAUUGUAUAAAAUUAAUUUGAGUAAUCAAUUUUGAAUUGUAUCUUAUAUCACAGUUGCAUUACAAUAAAGAAUAAAGAGGAAUAUUAAACUUC